AUUAAGAAGUAAAAGCGAAGAUCGUUAUUUGGCUUCCUCCUCUUGGGAUAACUCUUCCAUCUCUGUAGUUAAUUUUUUCAGCAAAUUAAUGUCUCUCCGCCUGCAUGUUUUCAGCUUUGAGCAUUAAGAAGUAAAAGCAAAGAUCGUUAUUUGGCUUCCUCUUCUUGGGAUACUCUUCCAUUCUUAUAGUUAAUUUCCAGCAAAUUUCUCCACCCUCGUGCUUUCAGUUUUGAGCAUUGACAAGGUACGCUGGUCUUAAUCCCCAGCUAUAGAUAUUACUAGCUACAUUAUUUUUACUCAAAAUUCAUUUUACCAUAUGUUUUCUUUUUCCUUUUGCCAUCUUUUCGUGGAUAUAUAUGUAAUUAAGUAUGAGUUCAAAUCGUUACUUCAUUGUGUGUGUGUGUGUGUUUUCUUCAUUUUUGUUGAAUAAUCCCUAUACAUAUACUAUUUUAUUGAACAUAACAUAGAUAAUAUUAGGUGAUUUAAUUAGUAUUGUUUAAAUAUAUUUUUAUUUAAAAACAUUUUAAUUUUUGAUUGUCUUUUAAUUCAUUAGAACAUCUAUUUAUUCUUAAUUAAAUUAUGUCUUUAGUUAAUAUAAUGAUGAUUAUAAUGAUGAAUAUCUUAUAAAAUUGAAGAAUAUCCCAUUAGAAAAACUUGGACACGUAACAAAAAUGAAAAAUUUCAAAGCUAAAAAUGCUGUGUGUGGACACUACAACGUGGGUAGCGGCACUCUUGUUUAUUUCAUCCUACGGCCGUAUAUAAUGAGCAAUUUAGUUUUAUUCACUUAGAUCCGUGAAAGUGACUUUUCUUGUACUGAUAUAGUCCCUCAACUUUUAAAGAAUAUUUAAUUAAGUCCAAAAACUUCU